GAAGAUGGAAGUGAGAUGGAUGUUGAUACUGCGGCUCCAGUAGCUCAAGUUUCAAUCAAGCAUGGUCUCCCAGAGAUUGAAAUAUACUGCUACUUGCUUGUGUUGAUUUUCCUUAUUGAUCACAAGAAGUACGAUGAGCAUUGCUCGUCUGAAGAAUCUCAAUAGGAGGACUGUUGAUGUUUUGGCUUCUAGGCUAUACUCGUAUUACUCAUAUGCACAUGAACUCACCAACAGCCUUGCUGAAAUUCGUGGCAUGGCAACUUUGCACCGUGAUGAGCUUGGCCAGGAAACACUUCUUAACCUGCUUCUUCGCAAUUACCUGCACUACAACUUGUCCGACCAGGCAGAAAAACUUAGGUUAAAGGCACCACGUUUUGAAGCACAUUCCAAUCAGCAGUUCUGCCGGUAUCUGGUCUACUUGGGCAAAAUUAGAACAAUUCGGCUGGAAUACACUGAUGUUAAAGGGAGCCUCUUGCAAGCUGCACGCAAAGCACCCACUGCAGCUCGUGGAUUCCGCAUUCAGUGCAAUAAAUGGGUUUGUACUUCUAAAAUGAACUUGACUGACGAGAUAGGAUUUCAACAGAUAAAAAAAGGUAUACAAGUUGCAGUUCAUAAUGUAGAGAACAUGGGUUUUGAACUCACCGCCCAGGAAGAGGUCAGCCGGAGGUGCUGGGGCUCGAGCGUCAUGGAGGAGCCUGGCCCCAGCGGCUGCCUCCCCGAGCUGCUCCUGGAAAGCCACCCUACAGCAGGCGAGGACAGCUCCAGCCCAGCUGUUGGGGCACUGCAGCUAGGCCGAGGCGACCUCCUGAGUAGCCGCUAG